GCUCGUGGAGGCAAAGUAUCAGACAUAGACUGUCCUACACUGGAGCAAAGGUUUCUGGACAAUGACACAGAUGUGGUGGAGUUCACCGCUGGUUCCCAGUCCUACUCACUCAGUUUCCCAGACAUGAUACAGACAAACAAGCAGUACGGCACCAAGAGGCUCGUGAAAAGACGUCCGCUGUUUGUCUCUGCAACUGAUGUCAAAACAAAGAAAGUGAGAAGGCCUCUUGGUAUACAAAGUUUGGCCGCUGUACCCGGCCACUGGGACAAGACGCAGAUUCCUCAAACAGGAUACAAGCGAGUCCCCCUGCAGCGCUCCUCGGAUGAAUUUAAGGAGAUUGAAAGUCUUUUCUGUAAAACCAUGCGAGGCUUUGACAUUGUCCAAAUUGAGAGGAUUCAGAACAAAGCUCUUUGGGAAGUCUUUCAGUGGUACGUAGUUACUUUGCCCGGGAUGCAAAAUACUCCCACAGCUACACCGGUGACUCUGAUGUCAAAUCCUUGUUCAUCUCACGGGUGCUGGUGGGAGAUUACACCAGAGGGUCCUCCAACUACGUCCGACCUCCUUCCAAGGACGGCGGAGACAUAA